CCGACUUUUUUUUUUUUUUUUUUUGGAGAGAAGAAAAUCACAAAUCGCGCGGAGACAAAGAAGAAGAAGAGCGACCGAACCCUAAUAUCCGAUCAUGGCACCGAACAACAAUCUGAGAUCCGUAAUCGCGCAGUGCCGCCAUUUAUCUACGAGGUCUCGCCGCAAUGUAUCUUCGUCCCGUAGUAACAAUGGUAACAACAAUGAAGGCCGAAGAAGAGUUAUGGACAGUGGCGAUGGGUUUAAUUAUGUGAAUGGUUUUUUGUCAUCAUUAACGUAUGGAAAUCUUGCUUUCGGUGGUUGGGCAAUUAUCGAGCUACUAGAAUUCCGUCGAACGAUGAUGAGGGAUGUGGAAGAACGUAAUCGUCGUCUUGGCGUAAGGGGGGAGCCACCGGAGAUACUGCUGGAGAUGGGAGCUAGGUUCUUAGUUCAAGGUACAGGAGUGACUUUGGGAUGGAUCUCAGGUUAUUAUUUGUAUGGAGGUCAAUUAGAGAAAUAUGAGGAGAAGCGGCAACAGAUUGUGAUGGACGUUUUUGGGAAUCCUGCGGAAAUCGAGGAUCUGAGGAAGAAAAUGUGGCCUGAGUUAAGGAAGAUGGCGUGGUUUAGAAGUUUGGACAAGAAGUGGUCUGACUAUAAAUCGAAAUCCUAAAUAUCUCUGAUAUUUUCAGAAUCAAUGUCAUUUAUCAUA